GAAAGCAACAUCAACUUUUUUCAGCAGUUCCGAAACAGAAGGCACAACAAGCAAAAGCAAAAACAAAGGAAGAUGUAUCUGCUCCUUCUCAAUUCACCCUAAGGUACAACCAGGCGCGAGGUCUGGCUACUGAAGGUAGAACUACUAUCACUCCAGACUCGUCACCUGCAAGUGUCGUAAAAAAAUCAUUUCCUGGCGAUUUCGCUCUUGCUCAACCUGCCAACACCGCCGAAUACGUGUUGUCAACUAUAGAUAAAGUGGUCAAUUAUGCUCGCCAAGGCUCUAUUUGGCCAAUGACUUUCGGUUUAGCCUGUUGUGCCGUCGAAAUGAUGCAUAUGGCAGCGGCGAGAUAUGAUCAGGACCGUCUUGGAAUUGUUUUUCGAGCCUCUCCACGUCAAUCAGACGUCAUGAUAGUCGCUGGCACUUUAACUAAUAAAAUGGCGCCCGCAUUGAGAAAAGUUUAUGACCAGGCAAGUAUUUACUUGACCUUCUCAUCUUCUUCUGUAAUUGAAGUACACCAUAUAACAAUGCCUCUGCCGUUGGUGGACAUCCUGGAACGUAAAUAUCAACAG